GCGGGGCUCAUGGACUCAGUCAUUUCCUCUUCUGUUCUUUUCUCCCUUUUCUUCUGUCUCUAACACCACAGCCCGUCUUUCCUCUGACCCUGCAGUCCGGGAUGGCCUCCCCUCGGCUGGAGACUUUCUGCUGCCCGAACCGAGAUGCAGCCACAGAGUUCGUGGUCACCUUCCAGCCCGUGCUUUUUGGGGCUCUGACUCUGGGAAGUGCCGCUCUAAGCCUCAUGUUUGCAGUUCUGCAAAUCCUGCCGAAACGCAAAGGAUACAGAAGACUCGGGCAGUAUCCUCUGCCGAGGCCCGCAUCCUCCUCAAGAAUAUUGUUCAUCAUCAGCAUAUGUGACAUACUGGGAUGUGCAGGAGUCAUCAUCAGGUCAUCGGUGUGGCUGGGCCUUCCCAGCAUCAUCGACGGCAUCUCAGUGACCAACAACACGGACGUGUUGCCAGAGGUGUUCUGCGUUGGCAGCGCGAUGUGGAUCCAGUUGUUUUUCAGCGCCUCGUUUUGGUGGACCUUUUGUUAUGCUGUUGACGUCUUCCUGGUGGUGAAAACCUCAGCAGGGAUCAGCACCAUCGUCCUCUACCACAUGAUCACAUGGGGUCUGGCUGUGCUGCUGUGUGUUGAAGGAGUGGCCAUGCUCUACUACCCAUCCAUUUCUGAUUGCGAGCAAGGCCUCCAGCAUGCUGUCCCUCACUACAUCACCACAUACGCUCCAAUGCUGCUUGUCCUCAUAGCCAACCCCAUCUUCUUCAGCAGGACCACUUCUGCAGUGACUUCUUUACUCAAAGGACGACAAGGAAUCUACACAGAAAAUGAGAGGCGUCUGGCGACUGAGAUAAAAAUACGCUUCUUUAAAAUAAUGCUGGUGUUCUUUGUUUGUUGGGCUCCAAAUUUAAUCAACGAGAGCCUCCUAUUUUACCUGGAGAUGCAGGCAGACAUCAGUGACAGCAGCCUUCGAGACAUCAGGAAUGCGUCCCUCACCACGUGGUUCAUCAUGGGAAUACUGAACCCCAUGCAGGCUUUCCUCAACACGCUGGCUUUCCAUGGCUGGACAGGCUUGGACGUUGACCUCAGCCUGCAGCGGACCAGGGAGCUGGCCUGGGACUCGGGCUCUACCUCGGUGCCUAACGUGGCUGGCCAAAACUCAGUGGUGGGAACAACUCUGCUUUACCAGAGUCACAUUCAGGAAGCCCAGAAAAUUGGAAAUGGACAGCAGCACUCUGACGCCAUCAGUGUCCUCUCAGAAGGUUCAGAGUCUAGUACAGUUGAAAUCCACAUUUCCAGCGAGCUACGAGGAGAUGUAGACGCUGACGGGGAGUCCUUGGAGAACUCUGUGAGGCGCUAGCUGGACUUGUCAACCAGCCAACUCCCUCCACUUUGCUGCAUUUACUUUGUUCUUUUAGACCAUCUUUGUUUUUAUAGAUUUCAUAGAUUAUCUUAUUAGUUUUCUAUUUAAUUAUUUCUUCAACUUUUAUAAUUAUCUGCACUAGUAGUACUUUGCAGAUGCAUAAGCUGAACCAGUAUCAGAUACACCUAUGUGUCAGAGGCCUUUUUUAUCAUCACCUCAUGGCAGACGGACAUUUAAAGGUGCAAUAAGUGGGAAUUCUACAGUAAAAAUGAUCACAAAACAGACUGUCUCAAUCAUGCUGGAAGGAUGGUUACAUUGAAAGAUUUUUUUCUUAACCAGCUGGGUGGUUGCCAGCUUUAAUCCUUUUUAAAAGACCAGGGGGACAUGGUUCUUGUUUACAGUCUGACCCUAUGGGGUUGGCCACUCUGUGACAGCUAAUGCUGCAGAGCCAGCAUCUGUAUUUUGACCCUGGCUGGCAAAAAGAACCAAUGUCGUGGAAAGAACAAAGGCCAGUUAACAGGAGCGGCCCAGAAGUUGUUUACUCUAAGAAGCCACAGCAUCUUUUUGUUUUAUGCUUUAUUUUGGGUAAAGAAGGCAAGCGGCCAACAUUAAGCUAACAAUGCAAACGGUGAAUUAGAAAAAAUAAUUGGUUCUAAAAAUAGCUCAAGCUACUUUUUUCAGUUACCAGCAGCUUGAUAUUACAGUGAAAUGUAUUUAUCUACUGAUAAACUUUCUGUUAUGACUCAUCUUCUAGAAUCUUCUAGGGCUGAUCUACAGCCAUGAAACUCACAAACAAGACGGGUCACAGAGCUGACUCCUUGGUUUAAAUUGACUGCAGUACCGACAUUUGACCACAGGAUAUCACUGAGUGCAUUUACAUGCAGCCAGUAACCCUUUUAAAACCCGAAUAUUCACAAUAACCCGGUUCCGCACGGCCAUGUAAACACCGCCAAAAACCUGGAUAUGCUCAUUACCGGGUUUUUAAAAACCCGGUUACUACACCUGGGGUAACCCUUUUCUAACUCGAAUAUUCGGUCGUGUAAACGCAUAUCGGGAUAUCCCCAUCAAAGCGUGUGUUCUGCGCAUGCUCUGUUCACAAGGAAUCUUGGUCUUUUGAGUAGCGAGAUGUCUUGUAUGCGCCAGAACACCGGAAGUAAACAACAAGUUGGGAGCAACAUGGCGAGUCGCGGCACAGCACCACACUUUUGGAGUGACGAGGAAACUCUUCAUCGUUCUGGUGAAAAGUAUGAACAUUAUGUCUUUUGUUGACGGCCAAGAGUACAGAGACAGCGAAAUAUACAAGAAGGUAACCGCAUAUUGCGUCUUGACGUAGUCCAUACGUCCUGACGCUACACCAACGUCCGCAUUUAAAUCGGGUUAUGCAAGUUAGGGGUAACUCUUUCUAUUCAUGCUUGUAAACGGGUUAUUCUGAUCAACUCAGAAACCCGAAUACCGACCUUAACCCGAUCAUAACCCGGAUAUUGGCUGCAUGUAAACAUAGUCAUUCUUACUUCAUGCACCUUUAAAUGCUUAAUUGAGGGGGAAAAAAUCUUCUGACACAUUCUUUCAUUGGAAUGCAGAGGUUCUGUGAAGCUGCAAAAACACUAAAAAUGCAUUAAGCAAACUUUU